AGUAAGCUUGAGCAGUCACAGCCGCGCUUUAUCACUCACCUCCAUUCUCUUCUUCUGAAAUGAACGCGGCUUCUUAACGAUGUUUCAGCUCCAAAGAAGCUUGCUCUUCACUUCCUCAGCCCCUUCCUACUCUCUCACCUCUCCCUCUUCAUCUUCUCUCUCCCUUCGCCACUUCAUGUUGCAAUUCAAGGCUCUUCAUAAUUCCCCGGUUUCUCGCUUUCCUUAUUCUCCGAUAGGCAUUGCAAAUAGCAACAGCAAUCUCCAAUGUCAGAACUGUUUCCUCCGUUUACAUUUUCGAGCGGCGGCGAAUUGCGUUGCGCCGCACCUUCGUUGCUUCGGUAGCAUUGGUAACGGUUCUAGGUGUUCUGUUUCUAGCCGUGAAUUCAGGUUCCCGUUGAGUUUGAUUAGUGAUGGGGUUUUCAGUAAGAGGUUUUCGUCUAAAGUUUCGGAUAGUAAUUAUAAUCGUAAUAAGAAGAGGUUGAGUUCUAGUGCUGCUGCUGUUGCUGCUGCGUCGAAAGAAGGUUUAGUUGAAGAGAAGAAGGAUAAGAAAGAGGGAAAGGCGGCGAAGGCAAAGACGGAGCCCGUUGAGAGUGAUAAGCAGGAAUCUGAAAAAGUGAGUGCUAAGAAGAAGAAGCAAUCAACAAGCAAGAAAAGUAGCAAGAAGUCUGCUGCUAGCAGUUCUCCGAAAGAGGUUGAUGCUGUGGAAGGUUCUAAAAAAUCUUCCAAAGGGAAGAAGAAAUUGAGUACUAGUAAAACGAAGAAGAAGAAGGUUGAGAUUAGUAGUAGUAGUAGUAUUGAAGAAAUGCAAAAUGAUUCUGCUUCUAACAAGCAAAGCAAGAGCUGUAGUGCGAUUGAACAGGUGGAAAUGCCGGGGAAAUUUACUGAUAAGCCGGUGUAUCCUGCAAGUGGAAAGUGUGUGGUGGUUGUGGAGUCUGUCACGAAAGCGAAGGUUAUUCAGAGAUACCUUGGUGAUAUGUAUGAAGUAUUGCCGAGCUAUGGUCAUGUAAGAGACUUGGCUGCUAGGUCUGGAUCUGUGCGACCCGAUGAAGAUUUCAGUAUGGUGUGGGAGGUUCCGUCACCUGCCUGGACUCAUCUGAAGACCAUCAGUGUUGCACUGAGCAGAGCAGAAAACCUUAUUCUUGCAUCAGAUCCUGAUCGCGAGGGAGAGGCUAUCGCUUGGCACAUCAUAGAGAUGUUGCAACAACAAGGUGCUCUGCACGAUAAUCUUUCUUUAGCGAGGGUUGUCUUUCAUGAAAUAACUGAACAAUCUAUAAAAGCAGCAAUGCAAGCACCAAGAAAGGGAGCGCUUUCCAUUAUAUGUGAUAGAGAGAUGGAAAUUGAUGAAUUUAAACCGAGGGAGUAUUGGAGUGUGGCGGCCCAAUUAAAGAAGAAAGAGUCAGGAUCAAACAAGGAUCUUAUCUUUCCUGCUCAUUUGACCCAUUUUGAUUCGGCAAGGUUGAAUCAAUUUUCAAUUGCUUCUGAUAAAGAGGCAAAAGAUAUUGAAAACAAAAUAAUCAAGGCAGAUUUUAAGAUUGCUAACUUGAAAAGGAGCAAAUUUCGAAGAAAUCCUCCGACACCGUAUAUAACAUCCACACUUCAGCAAGAUGCUGCAAACAAAUUGAAUUUCGCAGCAAGUUACACCAUGAAGCUUGCUCAAAAACUAUAUGAGGGAGUUGAGUUGUCUGAUGGUAAUGCAGUUGGUUUGAUAACAUACAUCAGAACUGAUGGACUUCAUAUUUCUGAUGAAGCUGUUGCCAAUAUACGGUCGCUAAUUGUUGAGAGGUAUGGACAAGAUUUUGUCCCACAAAGUGCACCAAGGUUUUUAAAAAAGGUGAAAAAUGCACAAGAGGCUCAUGAAGCCAUUAGACCCACUGACAUUCACAAGUUGCCAUCAAUGCUUGUUGGGGUACUAGAUGAAGAUUCCUUGAAGCUAUACACACUUAUCUGGUCACGGACAGUUUCAUGUCAGAUGACACAAGCUAUCUUUGAGCAGAUACAACUUGAUAUUGGAAAUGCAGAUGAGUCUAUUAUGUUACGAUCUUCCAGCUCACGAGUUGACUUUCCUGGAUACCGGGCAGUUUUUACGGACAUUGAUACUGAAGCUGUUCAAGAUAAAGAGAGUGAUGGAGCCAAUCGUGAUCAAGUUUUUGAGGUUCUAAAUACCUUGAAGCCAGGGGACCCACUACAUCUUGUUCAAACAGAGCUCAAUCAGCAUCAUACACAGCCACCACCACGUUACACUGAAGCAUCAUUGGUUAGGAAGCUUGAAGAGCUUGGUAUUGGCAGACCUUCGACAUAUGCAACAACAUUGAAAGUUUUACAGGAUAGAAACUACGUGACAGUAAAAAGCCGUGUGCUGUAUCCUGAAUUUCGUGGCCGCAUGGUUUCAGCAUUUUUAUCCCAUCACUUUUCAGAAGUCACAGAGUACAGUUUCACUGCUGAUAUGGAAACAGAGCUUGAUAAUGUUUCUGCUGGAUUAACUGAAUGGAAAGGCCUCCUUAGAGAUUAUUGGACACGGUUUAAAUUGUACUGUGAGCGUACUUCUAGUGUUCAUAUUCACCAGGUUGAGAAGAUGUUGGAAAAGAAAUUUGGGGACUAUUUAUUUUCCGCCCUCCCAGAUCAGACCCGUGUUUGUCCAAGUUGUAUGGAAGGCACAUUAAUUUUUAAAGUAAGCAGAUUUGGUUCUGGCUACUUUAUAGGUUGUGAUCAACAUCCAAGAUGCAAGUACAUUGCUAAAACACUAUAUGGUGCAGAGGAGGAGGAGGAAGAUUCACCUCAUUUAAACACUCGUAUAGAAGAACCAAAAGUCCUGGGUGUUAAUAGUGUUUCAAAUGAAAAGGUUCUCUUGAAAAGUGGUCCUUACGGAUUUUAUGUUCAGCUUGGGGAAGACAGGAAGGGGUACAUACCUAAAAGAGCAUCCGUCUCUCAUAUCAAAGAUGUGAAAUCCAUCACCCUUGAAGAUGCACUUGAGUUGCUACAGUACCCAUUGACAUUGGGCAACCAUCCCAAGGACGGACAGCCUGUAAUACUAAAGCUCGCAAGGGUUGGGUUUGCCGUUAGACAUCGACACACAAUUGCUUCUGUUCCUAAGAAUAUGAAGCCAAGUGAAGUCACCUUUGAAAAAGCUCUUGAGCUCUUAUCAGGCAAAGAUGUUAGAAAAUGUGGUAGACCUAAAGGUAAACCUAAAAGAGUUGAUGAAAUUGAAGCACUUGAAGCUUUCUAAAGUUUUGACCAUAAUAAUAUACAUAGCAAGGAGCACAGAGUACUUGUGAUUAAUUACAUCAAUAUCUGCCAGUAAGUACUAGCAGGGUCCAAACAUUUUUCCUAUCAAGGGUUUGCAAUUCUAACACAAGCUUUGGAAGAUUUUUUUAGGGAUCGCCAAGUGUAGAUUAGUCAUUGGACUAGUGAAUUUUGUUUUUGUAUAAUGUUUAGGCCAAUCUUAUUUAUUUAUUUUUGAAAUAUAGAAAUAUAAUUGUUUAAUGUACCAAACAUAUUUUUGUUAAACCCUUAAGGCUGAGAUUUUGGUAAGCAUAAGGGUUUAUAGCUUUAUAAAAAUAUUCUCUUGGUUGGCUUUUGUAUAAAGCUGAUGACUGAUGAGAGGACUCAUACAAUAAACUCAGUA